AACCCCCACAAUGCCCCCCUGCCCAGACACCAAGAGGAGCCCUUAACACAGCCCAGCCUUCUUUUCUGUGCGAGGCAACACAGGAUACACACACACACACACACACGCACAUGCAUACAUUCGCAAGCACUCACGCAUUCCAUCAUAUCUCAAACUGGAGUCGGAGUGAGGAAACAGAAUGUCAGGGAAGGAAGCGCUGAAGCCAGUGGGAAAGCCAAAAUUGCCUCGGGUCUACAGAGUUAGUUUUUAAUCCACUUUACAGGAGUUCUCAAGAAGAAGUCUGGAUUCAUAAAAGUAAACCAUUUCUUUUGGGAAUUUUUGGAAAUUGGCCAGCUCAUAAACAGAUUUUACAUUAGUAGAAGCAGUAGAAACUUCUCUUGGAUCCCACUCUCCGGGUCUGGAUUUUUAAGCAGAAGGAAAUUCUUGAAAUUUUCUUUGUCUCGGACCACUCACCGCUCUCAAGGUAUUCUCAAGGAGUCUCAUCAUCUGCUUCCACCAAAGUGCUGCAGGAAUACACAUCCUGAAGUAACAUUAAAACCACAGCAAAAGAUGAGUUUUUCACGGAGCGGAACGCUGGAGAAGACGGUAUCUGAGCAGGCCCUCUCUGAGGCGCGCUCCCCCUCCAGGGUGGGGUCAGGAGUCGUGGUGCCACCUCCGUACUCUCUGGACGGCAGCGAGGCCGCUGACACCCCUUUAGAGUUGAGGGGCUCUCUGGACUGCUGGGCAUGCUCUGUGCUAGUCACCGCACAGAAUCUAAUCAUAGCACUGGUCAAUGGCGGGCUGGCCAGCAUCAUUUUUGGCACCAUCCUCACCCCCGCUCUUGCCAUGAUCAUUUUUGGCUUCCUCUGCCACUCUACGGUGCAGCCCCACGGCACAUCCCUGUAUUGCUCAGACGUGCUGGAUGACGCCGGCUGCGUGGCUCUGCUGGUUGUAGGAUUUCUGCUGCUCACCCCCCUGCUGGUUCUGGCCCUCGCCGCCUACUGUCGCCUGGCCCGCCACCUUCAGCUUGGAAUGUGUUUCAUCCCCUACAGUCGGGCCGUCUACAAGAACCUUCCUGCCUCACGCCACCGAAGGGCUGAUGCAGGAGGCUGCUGUGGUCAGGAGGGCACUUCAGAGAGGAAGGGUAGCGUGUGGGUUUAGGAGAGGAGGGGGGGAUUUUAUGUGGUUGUAUUUUGUAUCUCUUUUUUAUGGUGAGCGUUGGGUUGUUUGAGUCUGGGUUUGCUAAAUACCACAGCAUUCUCUAAAGCAUUUGUAAACAGCCAACAUAUUUCAGGAUUUAUUGGGUUUCUACAUGCAAUUUCAAAGCUUUGAUUGUAUUUUAUACCUUCUUUUAACAAUAAAAUGUCACUUGACACACUAAAUUGUUUUAUGGAGAGAACGGCAAACUGACACUGAAGGGAU